CCUCCUCCCCCUCUUCCUCCAAACUUUCACACACACGUCGGACCUCCGCACAACCGUAGCAAACAUCAAGCAUGGACGCACGGCUCUCUGCUUCUCUGUUCGCCGGACUUGUGGUCCUCCUUCACGGCUUCACAGCAUGGGCGGCGGUGGAGGUGAACAUGGAGGACAGGGUGGAGGUUUUCAAGGGAGAGACAGCUCAGAUCACCUGCAUGUUCACCACAGAUGACAGCAUCGAUGCAUUGACCAUCCAGUGGUUCUAUGUGUCGAGGACGGGAGAGAAGCAGAAGAUCUACCAUCAAGACGCCAACCUCAAAGAGAUGGACCAGCAGUUAGCAGACCGCUUCACUGUCAACGUCACAGCGGCCACCGGAGAUGUGGUGCUGAUCAUCACUGAUGUGCAACUGAAGGACCAGCUAGAGUUCAUCUGUCUUGUCAAGAGUCAGACGGACGCCGUCUCCGAGGGACGCACCAAGCUACUGGUGUUCGAAAAACCAGACUUACCUACCAUCGAGGGUGUUCAGACUGGGAUCUACGUCAACAAAGACACGUUGUCCAGGAUUGGCUCCUGCGAGGUCAAAAAUGGCUUCCCCAAGCCCAACAUUACUUGGUACCGAAACAACAUGCCAUUAGGAGGAGUUAGUGAUGUGGUGUCGGUUGCGCAGAGCACCACCAUGGAGUCCAGCGGUCUGUUCUCCGUCAGGAGCGACCUGAACCUGAAGGUGAUGAAGGAGGACAAAGACACUCAGUUCUACUGCGAGGUCACCUACCUCGUUCCCGGAGGAACCAGAAUGACUGAGACCAGCCCCAUUAAUAUCACCGUAUACUACCCAUCCACUGCUGUCCACCUGUGGGUGGAGUCGCCAAAAGGCAAAAUUAAAGAGGGCGAUUCGAUUAUAUUUCAUUGCUACGGCAACGGGAACACGCAAUCCUCAGUCUAUAACAUCAAACAUGGAGAAAUUGAUCAUGACAUGGUCUCUAACAUGUUUGUGCUGGAAAACGUGACCCGCCUCCACAGCGGCAAUUAUGAGUGUACCUCAAUGGACAUGGAAACCUAUGACCAGCUCUCAGGGAAUACCACUGUGCAUGUUAACUACCUCGACCCAGCCGUGGUGCUGCCCGCCAACGUGGAGAUGGCUCAAGGCGAUGACUUGACAGCCACCUGCAACGCUCUGUCUUCUCUUCAGACACACACAGCCUGGUUCAAGGAUGGACGAGAGCUUUCAACAGGCCACACUUUGAGAGUGAAGGAUGCCACCUUUGACACAGCAGGGACGUACAAGUGUGUGGUGACCGUUCCUGAAAUUGACAGCAUGCAGAGGAUGGAGACCCUUCAUGUCAAUGUAAAAGGUGCACCAGAGAUCAUGAAACCUGAACGCACAGACAUCGAGGAGAGUUUGGCCAAUACAGUGGAGCUGACCUGUGACGUGCGUGGGUUCCCAAUCCCCACCGUUAUUUGGACCACGCUUGAUGGAAAGGUCCUGGAGACCACAUCCCAAACAGACACAGAGGACAGCGUCCACAGUGUGGUGACUGUGGAGGUGACCUCCGAUAUCACCGCCUUCUGCAAUGCCUCCAACGUGUACGGCGCCGACGGUGUGGCCUUCAACAUUAAAGCCAUUGUAUACACUACAGCAGCCACCACCACCACAACCACUAGCACAAGCACGAGCACGAGCACAAGCACGAGCAGCACUCGCACAAGCACGAGCAUUCUUUCCUCUUCCACAGUCCAACCUGCAACCGCUGUCCCACCAGAGAAAAUCAGGAAAGAGGGCAGCGGUGUAAUCAUUGCGGUCAUCAUCAUUUGCCUCCUGUUGUUGGCCAUCUUGGGAAGUGUGCUGUACUUCCUCUACAAGAAAGGAAAGAUCUGCGGCCGCUCCGGCAAGCAAGACCUCACCAAAGAGAAAUCCAGCAAAGACAACAUCGUGGUCGAAAUGAAAAGUGACAACACGGAGGAAGCCAUCCUCCUAGGGGUCAACGGAGAGAAGCUGAGCCCGAGUAACCAGUAAACAACGGCGAGGAGGAAGCCGCUGCUGGGACCCGACGCCUCCAAGCUCCACCACAGCCUCUUUUUCCUGCAAUCAAAAGCUGUCAAAGACCCAAAAAUCCUCACACUGGGCCCGAUAACAUCCUUGCAUGUUUGUUGGAGGGCAGCAAUGUUUGUUUCUUAUGUUGCUGACCCAACAUUGAGCAGGGACUGUUUUUUUUUUUCCUAAUCCAGACGAAUAAUCACUGUAUCGCACACGUACAGGCUCUUCCUCCAGUGUACAUAUUACCAUCGUCCGUGUAUAUAUAUAUAUUUCCUUAUUUAAAGUGUAUUGACAUUUGAUUUAUGAAGAGCAGAGAGAGACCUUCUGCAAAAGUCCGCACACUGAAAAACUUUGUAUAUGUCACAAAUUUCUUUAGAGAUAAUUCAAAUCAGUAGAGGUAAUAUUUCAAAUUCCCCUGAUGCAGAUCAAAACUGAUGCAGCACAAAAAGGCAUCCAGAUGAACCCGAGUGGCCGUGCAGCUUGACAGGACAUCUUGGCCUUUUAGCUCUCAAAUCAAACCCCUGGUUCAUUUCUUAAAAAUAAUCUUCCCCAUUUGACUCUCCGCAGCUAACAAAUAGCAUCUUCACUCUUCCACUAGAAAGGAUAUAUUUUUUCUAAAUUAUUAUGGAUUUCACAUCAUUGGAUUUUUCGUUCCUUUCUGUUCCUUUAAGGUGUGAAUAUUGCAUGUGUGUGAUCAAGCUUUACAAAUGGUAAAAUAUUACGCCAAAGAGAUUACAUACAGAGCUUUGACUAUAUAUAAGUAAUCAAAAAACACAAAACAAAACACUUUCUACUGUUAAGGUAUGAACCGCAGUGAUUUUUUUGUUGUUGUUCAGUGCACUGAUUCCUUUGUGGUCUUCAUACAGUUGUGUUGUUUUUGUGAAAUGUGAAAGUUUCUUUUUGCCAUGCGAAAAUGAAGGCUCAUGCCGUGACUGCAUUAAGUUGUUCACUUUGGCGAGGGGGGGGGGGGGAGAGCAGGUUUGUGUUCAUAAAAAAAAAAAAAAAAAAAAGUAUUUGUGUGUUCUGAGAAUAUUUAUGCGGGAUAAACCAAAGCGACACACAGGAUGCCUUACAUUCAGUGGGGGCCGGACAUGGACCCCACGCCAGAAACUGCAACCGCUUACGCUGACCUGGGACUUUGACUACAUUUCCUUGAUUGAAUACAAGUUAAAUUCUUGAUCAAUUAGUCGAUUUUGUUAAUUAAAUGGUAGAACAGCUUGGUAAAAAUUCUGAAAUUGUGUUUCCAAACGACGUUCAGCUUUUGAUAGCUGAUGUUAAUUUGUCCCUUUUAAGACCGAAAACCAGCAGAGAUCGAAUCAACAGCGCCAAUGCUGGCCGCAGCCAGUUUCUGUACUCAAAACGCCGUUAAUGCCAACAAUUGACUCCACAUGAUUUUCAACACUAGAUUACUAUGACCAUCGCUAAACAUUGUUGUCCACGUUGUAUGUGCGUGACAUGGUGACUGGACUACUGAGGAGGGGAAACACCCUAAUUUUACACGCACGCAAACACACACACACACACACACACACACACACACACACACACACACACACACACACACACACGCACACACAACAAGGGCUGAAUGAGUAAAAGAUAUGCAAGACAAUCAACACAUUUACAAUAUUGUGAAAUAGCACAAGGAUUUUAUGGCUUGGUGUGAUUUGACACUUUAAGGUGUUUUGUGCCUUGUGCCAUUUCGAUGCCAUCCCUGAAGUUCUGUGGUUUGGAUCAGGAUCCUGCAUACCGACAUCCUGUUGAUGGACAGUCAAUUUGUCAAUUUUUCAAUUAGUUGUCCAUUUCUUUUGCUCUUUAAAGUUUCAAAGACAUCAAAUGUAAAACUAUGCUUUUUCAAACUAUUUUUAAAAAAUUCAACUCAAUAAAAAAUGAAUAUUAAAGGGAGUGUUUGUUGUGAAUGAAUUUAUC